AAAUUGUACUACCUAGAAAGAAACUAAUUAAUGUUGUAUUUAUUUACAAUAAUUUACUAAAACUUUGUACAUAAACUUGAAAAUAAUUUGUUUCAGAAUCUUUUAUGAAGCAUUUGAUUGCAUUAAAUCACUAUUUUGUUUUUUCUAACGUAAUAACUCGUUUUGCAACCUUUUGCAUCAAAGAUGACGUAGCGAUGUGAAAUAAUGCACUGAACUAUAAAUUUUCAUACAUCUGAAUUCUGAAUGCUGAAUAUUGAAGUUGCGAUGUGUGUUGUGUGCAUAUUAUGUCAACAUAUUCAUUGAGUGUAUAACUGUGCAUUCUAUUCAUACAUGAAUUCCUCAGCGUAAACAAAUAUCUUUGGUAAAAAUGUUGCGCUUCCUUAGCAGAAGAGGAAGGUCAUCAAGUCAGACACGCAAUAAACAGAGCCAGAAAGCAUCAUCUAAUAAAAACUUGAUACAAUGCAAGGUAAUGCUUCUUGAUGAUACUGAUUUAUCUAUAAACCUUUCUAAGAAGGCGAGUGCUGUUGAUUUAUAUGAACAGGUAUUCUAUUCCCUUGAUUUAAUUGAAAAAGAUUACUUUGGGCUACAAUUCACAGAUACAAAUAAUGUUAAGCAUUGGCUGGAUCCAACAAAAACUAUAAAAAAACAAGUUAAAAUAGGCCCUCCAUACACCUUAAGGCUGAAGGUAAAGUUUUAUUCAUCAGAACCUAAUAAUCUUAGGGAAGAAUUGACAAGAUAUCAAUUCUUUUUGCAACUAAAGAAAGACAUUUUAGAGAGUAAGUUAGAAUGUCCUUAUAGUACUGCAGUUGAGUUGGCUGCACUUGCUUUACAGUCAGAAUUGGGUGACUUCGAUGAAACUAUUCAUACACCAGCUACAGUGUCUGAAUUCCGUUUUGUACCUAAUCAGACAGAAGAAAUGGAAAUAGAAAUACUAGAAGAGUAUAAGAAAUGUAAGGGUCUUUCACCAGCUCAAGCAGAAGUAAAUUAUUUAAAUAAAGCUAAGUGGCUUGAAAUGUAUGGUGUUGAUAUGCAUAUUGUAUUAGGAAAAGAUGGCUGUGAAUACCACCUUGGAUUAACACCAACGGGUAUACUUGUUUUCGAGGGCCCACAGAAAAUAGGGUUAUUCUUUUGGCCUAAAAUCAGUAAACUUGAUUUUAAAAAGAAAAAAUUGACGUUAGUCGUUGUUGAAGAUGAUGAUCAAGGCCGAGAACAGGAACAUACAUUUGUCUUUCGACUCCAUAACGAGAAGGCUUGUAAACAUCUUUGGAAAUGUGCUGUUGAACAUCACACAUUCUUCCGCUUACGGGCGCCUGUGAAAGGCCCAUCGGCGCGGCAAAACUUCUUUAGAAUGGGUUCAAGGUUUCAAUAUUCCGGCAAGACAGAAUAUCAAACAACACAGCAAAACAGAGCACGUCGAACUGUUCAAUUUGAAAGACGUCCAAGUCAACGCUUUGCUCGAAGGCAGAGCCAUGUUUUGCGGGAGCGAGAAAAACAAACUACUACACCAAAAGUUGAGGCUGCUACUCCAGUAGAGGCGAACGAACCUGUACCUAGUACUUCAGCUAUUGAAAAUCCUCUAUUGCUCACAGACAAUAAUGUAGAAACCUUAUCUAGGAAGAGUAGCGCAAAAUCUCAAAAGUCAUCCCAUACAGAGUGUGAUAGUAAAGUCAAUGAUGUUGGUGAAUGCUCUAAAAAUAUGGUUGUAAAUGAUGAAGCAUCAGAUGUUUUAAUUUCGAAGGAUGAUGCAAUUAGUAGCAAAAUUUUAUUCAAAGUCGGUAAUUCAAGUGCAGAAGAAAAGAAGAACAAUUUGAAUCAGCUUAACAACAAAACUUCAUGCAACUGUUCGCCAGUUGCUGAAUUUAAUCCAUUAAAUGAUCUAUUAAUGAGUUUGGUUAAAGAAAAACUCAACAGUGAUGAUUCUAAGAAUGAAACGAAAAAAGAUUCUCCCAUUGAUGAAAAGCCAAAUAAUCAGGCAAAAUAUUACAUGCCUUCAAUGAAAAACUUACCCCCUGGCCAACUAAAAUGUAACAAUAUUUUGAAAGCACGUGAAAACGAAGUAAAAAUUAUCAAUGAUUCAUCAAAUAUCAAUUUGUCAAUACCAUCAACUCCUUCACCUAAAAUACUAAAUGAAUCGAACUCUGCCAGUUCGCAAUAUGUGUCGAUAGUUGUUGUUGAAUCACCACAUAAUCAAACAAAAUUAGUUCGGCCAAAGUCUAUUGAACUAAAAGAAGAAGUCAUCCCUAAACCGCAGCCUAUUUCAUCCCUAUCCCCUUGGCUUGUGACUUCAGAACCCAGCUCACCAUCGGGAAUAGGUGAGAAGGAAAUAACAAUUAUUCACAGAAAGUCUGUUAUCACAACUCAGCUUUAAAAAGGAUGUUUGUAUCUUUCCAACCGGAAGGAAAUGUUACUCUAGAAAAAUUAUGUAGCUAAUAUUACUUGGUAUCUGACUUGUCUUGAUAAAGUGCCUUAAUUAUUCUCUAUUUCACUUUUAAGUUUCGAAGGAAACCUAAAGUGAGAUUUUGAUUAAUAUUUCGAUCGACUAUGCUAAGAUAAAAAAGAGGUGCCUUACUAUUUUUUUUUUAUAAAUAUCAAUAUAAUUAUACAUUUUAUCGUCUUAAAUAUUUUGCUAACUUUUGUAGAUGUUGCAUUAUGAUAUAUCUAUGUGCACGUCUUUAUUUUAUGUGCACGUUAUAAUUAAUGAAACUUUGAUUUUUAGUUUUAUGCAUCUAAUCACAUGUGUGUUUUAUGGUACUCCAUAACAGUAGUAGUGUACAAAAGAUAAUAAUUUUCUAAUACUUUCAAUUGCUUUGUAAUAUACAAAAAGGCCGAAAAGUAAGUAAAUUUACUAAAAUGAUUAUCCAAACUAGUAAUGGACUAAUUAAGGCUGCAAAUUUUUAGUAAAAAUGGGUAAAUAUGUGCCUUUUUACGGAUGGCUGGUUACAAAUUAAUAUAUUAUUGUAUGUAGGUGCUUACUUUACUAAUGAAGGUCAUCAGAUCAAAACUAUUGAAUUAUAAAACGAUUUGCACAGUCUCAAUGUGUUUAUGAAUGCCGACUGGCAGCAUUGGGCUUGACGCUUGACCACAGCUGCGUCCCCCGUACCACAAAACUCAUUGAGUGCGGCGAUAAGUAAUGCUUGACACACAAAUAGUAAUAUGUAAUCGGCAAUCGGUAUUUCGAUGCCUUUUAUAAUUAAACAUUCGGUGAAAAGUAUGUAUAAUUUCAUCACGAGUUUUAAGCAUUUUAAUGUAUGUACUUAAAUAGUAAACAGAAUCUAUACUAGUUAUAAUUAUUUAGAACUUAGAAGUAAUCUUCGAUCGAUUUACUGCAUUUAGUGUUUUUAUUAAUAAAAGACCGUCCUUUAACAUAUCGAAUAUUUUAAGAAUAGGUAAUAGUACAAUUGAAACUCAGUAUUAAAACAAUCCACCCUGUGCCAUUAUUCGUGUGCAAAAAUUUCGGUGAAGUCUGUAUUCAAUAAUACCAUUGUCGAUAGCAUUUUUAUUGAACUGAACAUUCCUGUUAUGAACUUUUUUUUUUUUGUUGAUUUGUGACAUUUGUAAUUUUAAAUGUAUUUUAUUGAAUUAUUAAUGAGUUAAAAGUGGUGGCCUCAAUAUUUUAUUACUUGGGCGUGGUAUGUUUUUUACAAUAUAAAAAUAAAAUAAAAUUAGUUGUUAGUAUGUAGGUAGGAAGUCUAAUCGCGUCACUAUUUUAAUGUAUGAAAAGCUCAGCUCACUAGAGAUGUUCUAGAAACUAUCCGAAUAAGAAGUUUCUGCAAAUUUUUGUCCCUACAACGAGAAAGAAAUACUCAAGAUAUAUUUUUUUCUAUAGGAGGUAAGCGUGAAUUUGGCUUCCCCCACCAAACGCUAUUUAGGUAUAUUACCUAUAUUUUAUUAAGGAGUCUUAUAGCCCAAACACAUGAUCGGAUUUGCUAGCGCCAAACCAUCGGACGCGGUCCGAUAUCCAACCUUAUUCGAUAGUUUUUCGCAUUCUCCAUCGAACAAAAUUAUUAUUAUCACCGUCCGGACCGUACCGAAUAUGACGCCGGACUAAUUGGUGUCAAGCGCCCACCGUAUCGUCCGAUAAUCCGGCCGUACCAAAUCCGACCAUGUGUUAAGGCUAUGGAGGAAGAGUCAAGUCUUUUUGGGCAUAAAACUCAAAGUAAGAAUGAAGUAUUUGAGAUUUUUAUGAUGUAAGAUCGCAAUGAUUUAUUAUUUUUGGGGUGAGAAGUAUUUGUUGCAAAGCCUAUUUCGAUGCCAAUAAUUUUUUUGGUGCUUCCUUUGCGAAGAAUCGUUGUAAAGGACCGAAUGUUUUUUGUGAAUCCUAUUGAAAUAAGUAUAGAGUUUUACAUUUCCAAUUAGUUAUGCAACGAAUGACUACCCGGAUAAGGCUACGUUCUAAUUGUUGUCUGUUUUUAGAAGAAUCUAGAAAUCUACUCGAAAGUAGACAUUUUUUUGAAAUAAUAUACACCUUGAAUAUUUGUUGAAAUUUACAAUUUUAAGCAAAUUGUAAAUGUUAAAAUAACGCCUAUUUUACACAUAUUGUGUAGUAAAUUUUUAAAAAUGACAGAUAAUUUGGAUAGACUUAGAAUAUUCUAGAGUAUAGACGAUUUGACAACCCGGUAAUGCGUCAACGUGUGUUACCUAGUGGUUCAAUAAUCAGAAUACUGAGAAUACCAAGCGUGGCUGACCGUUUACGACUUGUCAAUCAAAUCUAUACGCUAGUUUAUUGUAUGGUUGGAACGUACCUAAUGCGAAUUUCUCUAAAAUGACGUUCUUAAAAGGCAUUUAUUUUCUCAAAAUGAUUCCUUUAGAAUUCUUUUUGAUCUCAUUUCUAAUAUACUAGACACUACUACCGCUUCGGAAACAAUUAAUGGCGCUCUGAGAGAGAAGAAGCUGUGCAAGAAACUCUCAAGGCAUUCUUUUUUUGCGCUUACCUUAAGUAGGAGGUAUAUUUAAGAACGUCGUUUUUGUUAUAGGGAAUAUAAGUGGGAUCCUUAGGGAAAUUUAUAACUGUACAAUUUGUAUGAGAUUUUUUUAAAAAAUGUACUUAUUGGUGCUCUUGAGUUUUUAUCAAUAUGAUGGUUUAAAGGUAAAAAACAUACAUUAUAAAAUUUGAUAAAUUUCUUAUCAAUCAUAAAAUAUUAUCAAUGAAUUACUUAUUAUUAUUUUUAAGCUGUUAUAAUCAUGACAAACAUAUUCUAGAUUUACUAGUAAAUAUAUUUUAUUGUAUUAUUUUAUAAUUAUAUACGAUUUAGUAUUAUAAGCCGUCCAUCGAAUUGGUACUUAAAUUUAUAUUACUUAUAAUAAAGUUAUAUCCAUGAAUAAAUA